CCACCACUUUAACCAUGUAAACGCAAAAGUCUCCAUCCAUGGACCUUUUCGCAACAGGCUUCAACGCCUGGCACCAGCUCUCCCUCAAUCGCCAAAGCUCAAACGAGGAGGAGGAGCCUCAUGACCUUUACCGCUUUACAAAAGUUCUUUCUGCCGCCACCAUCAAACGACCAGUCGCUCGACUCACUUACACCAUCGUUCACCGCGAUGGAAGUCUCAUCGUCGCCGGCCUAGUCCCCCCCAAGACCGUGGAAACCGAAGCCGAGUUUCUCUACACGUCAGCCGAAGCCGCCACCGGAGAGCUUCUAGCCAUUGUCCACGACAAAGAUGGCGACGACAAUGACGCCAACAACAACAAGCUGGUAAAGUACUCGUCCUUGGCAUCUCAAAGGGCUGGCGCCGAGCCAGAGUCCAUCUUCGACUGCCGCCCUCGAGCCACGCAAGUCGCUGCGUUCAACACCGGCUUCGUCAUCCUCCACUCUGACGGCUCCGUCUCUACGUUUGGGGACUCCCGCUUCGAAGCCUGUCUCGGGAGAGACACUGAUCCGCUAGAUCGACCGUCUGGUAAGCCGGGCCCGGUACCCGACCUCAAUGACAUCGCGUCGGCAGAUGAUCCAAUCAAACUCGUCACCGCCGGCGGAACUGCUGUGGCGGCGCUGACCAGCAACAGCUGUAGCGUCUACGUCUGGGGCUGCUAUCCGCCAUCAGCAGCUUCAAGAGCAUCAGCAUCAGCAUCAUCAGAUAACUCUCAGACUCAUCGUCGAGGACAUGCUUUUCAAGAGCUCUCGGGCGUGCCCAACUAUACAGAGGUCGACGGCGGGAAAGACGUUGUGGAUGUCGCUCUGGGAGAGGCUCAUGCCAUUGCACUGACUACGGACGGGCUCAUCUAUGUCAGUGGCGAGAACAGAAAUGGCCAGCUUGGAUUUGGGAGAGAAGUUGGUAGAGCAGAAACAUGGACAAAUGUUCCAUUCCUAGUUGCAGAUGGUUAUAAGAUUGUGGGUGUGGCGGCUGGUCCACGAGCAUCCUUCAUCCUAACUGCCAAAGCAUAGAUGGGCUUGUCAGUAGAGCCUACUAACAGGGGCAGAAGAGAAUUUAAUAUGGAUAUUUGGAUUGCUCUACUCGGUAGCAUUCUGGUUUGUUUUACUUCAUACUGCAAGGAGCAUUGACGCUUUACUCUU